GCAGGCUGGGCGGCUCGCGCUGGCUAGUGGUUGGGCGUGGCUGGCGGGCGCGCGGCGGGCCUGCCGCCUGCGGGGAGCGGGGCGCCUAUAGUUGUGACAGCAACUCUGCGGGCCCCGAGGCGGGGCUGCGGCCCUGCUGACUGCCCCCACCUCCCAGGCUGUCCCUCGCGUCCGGAGAUAGUGGGCCUCGGCUCUGCUUGAACUUAGGUGCUCAAGGGUGGAGAGAAGUAUGGCUUUAGUGCAUUUGCAUCAUUCCUCAGGGGUGAACACAAGUUCAUCUCCAUAUCAAUGAGAUUCUCACCUGGCCCUGAUUGACAAGUUUCCUGCACACCGGUGGGCAAUACGUGGCUGUUGACUCUAUAAAAAAGAGCUCCGCCCAGUGCUUUGCACGCAACAUGGUGGCAGGGCUGCAAGGCUGCAGGAGAGCCAAGCAGAGGCUGGAAUGGUGGCAGCGCUGAGGACAGAGGCCCAGAGGAUGGCUGUGCCAGAUAACUGUGCAGAGAGGCCCAGAGGACAGCUGUGUGGGGCGACUGUGCAGAGAGGCCCAGUGGAUGGCUGUGCGAACAGAGGGGCCCAGAGGCAGAGAUCAGCUUGCUGCCUGAAGACUUGCUCUAGUGACUGACCUGCCACUCCCCUGGCAACCACUAUUCAAUGCUCUGGCUCUGAAUUCAACCAUUUUAGAUUCCUCACAGAGGUGGGAUCAAGUGGGUAGAAGUGGAAUUACUGGUCAAAGGACGUUCAGAUUUGGGAGAAGUGGCCCCAGAAAUAAAAGCAUCUGAGAGACAGACAGCUGUGGCCAUUGCAGUUUCAGCUCAUAGCACAGUAGCAGCUCCCAUCUCCGACUCCCAGCCAAGUGGCAGGCAGUUGUAGACAUGAUCCUGGAGUAGCUUGCAUACAGCUUUGCAGGAACUAGAGUGGGAAAGAAGAACCCUGCCUUCAAAAUAUCUGAGAUCUCUGCACUGAUUGCUGAUUGCUGCUUCUUCUCGCAGAGGUGCAGACAAAGAGAUUUGGAAUGGAGAGAAAUGGAAGGAGAUGAUUGCGAGUUUCAUUAUGGAGAUGGUACGAAUGAGGCUCAGGAGAGUGAAUUUCCAACAGUGGAGAGGAGCAGACUGCAAGAAAUGUUGUCGCUUCUGGGACUAGAGACGUGUCAGGCCCAGAAGCUCAGCCUGCAGGACUCUCAGCAGAUCAGCAGUGACAGCAUGAAGAACUGGGCUCCUCAGGGUCCCAAAGACUUGCCCUGGAGUUUCCUCAGGAAGCUGCAGGCCCUCAAUGCUGAGGCCAGGAACACCACCAUGGUCCUGGACAUGCCCCCAGAUGCCAGGGCUGCAGAGAAGGAGAGCCAGAUGGAAGAGGAGAUCAUCUACUGGAACACGGCCGACGACCUCUCUGCAGACAUCUACUCCUUCUCUGAACCCCCAAGCCCCGACUCACCUGUGAAUCCCCUGGACUUGCUCUGCGCCCUGCUGCUGUCCUCGGAUAGCUUCCUACAACAAGAAAUUGUGUUAAAAAUGUCCCUCUGCCAGUUUGCACUUCCUCUCAUUUUGCCUGAUGCAGAAAACCACUACCACACAUUCCUGCUAUGGGCCUUGAGGGGCAUUGUGCGGACUUGGUGGUCACAGCCCCCAAGGGGUGUGGGCAGCUUCAGAGAAGACAGCAUGGUGCUGUCCUGCGUGCCAGCCUUCGCCUUCGUGCGUAUGGAGGUCAGCAGCAACUCUAAGUCUCAGCUCCUGAAUGCCGUGCUCAGCCCGGGGCACUGGCAGCCAGACUGCUUCUGGCAUCGCGAUCUGAACUUGGGUACCAAUCCGCGGGAGAUUGCAGAUGGGCUGGUGGAAAUUUCCUGGUUUCUUCCCAGUGGCAGGGAGGACUGGGACAUUUUCUCAGAGCCCACAGCCUUUCUGAACCUGAGAGGUGACAUUGGGUCUCACUGGCUGCAAUUUAAGCUCUUGACAGAAAUCUCUUCAGCUGUGUUCAUCCUGACUGACAACAUCAGCAAGAAGGAGUACAAGCUGCUGUACUCCAUGAAGGGGUCAGCCACCAAGUACUACUUCAUCCUGAGCCCCUACCGUGGGAAGCGGAAUGCCAACCUGAGGUUCCUGAAUAAGCUGAUCCCUGUGCUGAAGAUGGACCACUCGCACGUGCUUGUGAAGGUCAGCAGCACGGACAGUGCAAACUUUGUGCGCCGGGUCCGCGCCAUCGUGGCGCACGUCGCCCGGUCCCCCUGCAGGAGGGUGUCUGUGGAGGACAUGGCGCAUGCAGCCCGCAGGCUGGGCCUGAAGGUGGACGAAGACUGUGAGGAGUGUCAGAGGGCCAAAGACCGGAUGGAGCGCAUCACCAGGAAGGUCAGAGACUCAGACGCCUACCGAAGGGAUGAGCUGAGGCUACAGGGGGACCCGUGCAGAAAGGCAGCCCAGGUGGAGAAGGAGCUCUGCCAGGGCCCGUGGGCUGGAGACCCUCCUGAGAAGCACAGGGCUGAGCUGAGGCAUCGGCUGCUGGAACUACGAAUGCAGCAGCAUUGCCAUGACCCUGCCUGGGGGGUGCAGGAGUUCAUUGCAGGCAUUAGCAGCCCCUCCUUGGGCGAGAAGCUAUACUUCCUGAGGUGGAUGGAGUGGGGGCUGGCCCGGGCGGCCCAGCCACGGCCAAGACAGCCUCCAGAUACAGUUCUUACCUUAAGGCCAAAGCACUGUGGGGCCCCAGACCUAAGUGAGCUGCUCUGGCCUGAGCCCCUGGGUGUGGAGCACUUCCUGCGGGAGAUGGGCCAGUUCUAUGAGGCGGAAAGCUGCCUUGUGGAGGCAGGGAGGCUGCCAGCAGGCCAGCGGAGGUUUGCCCACUUCCCAGGCUUGGCCUUAGAGCUGCUGCUGAAGGGGCUGCCCUUGGAGUUGAUUGACGGGAGCACUCUGAGCACCCCCCUGCGCUGGGUCACGGGUCUCCUGAAAGAGUUGCAUGUCCGCCUGGAGAGGAGGUCACGACUGGUGGUCCUGUCGGUGCUGGGCAUGCCAGGCACGGGGAAGUCCACUCUUCUCAAUACCAUGUUUGGGCUGCGGUUUGCCACAGGGCGGAGCUGUGGUCCUCGAGGGGCCUUCAUGCAGCUUAUCACGGUGGCCGAGAGCUUCAGUCAGGACCUGGGUUGUGAUCAUAUCUUGGUGAUAGACUCGGGGGGCUUGAUAGGCGGGGCCCUGACCACAGCUGGGGAGAGGUUUGAGCUGGAGGCUUCUUUGGCUGCCUUGAUUAUGGGGCUGAGCAAUGUCACUGUGGUCAGUUUAGCUGAAACGAAGGACAUUCCGCCGGCUAUUUUGCAUGCAUUUCUGAAGCUGGAAAAAACAGGACAUAUGCCCAGCUAUCAGUUUGUAUACCAGAACCUUCAUGACGUGUCUGACCCCGGCCCCAAGCCUAGAGACAGGAGGCAGCUCCUGGAUCAAACCAGUGAUGUGAGCAGAGCUGUGGCACAGAUGGAGAAACAAGGCGAGCACAUCCGGGCGCUGGCGGAUCUGGCCUUCUGUGACCCUGAGAAGCAGCACAUUUGGUACAUCCCAGGCCUCUGGCAUGGAGUGCCUCCCAUGGCCCCCGUGAGCUCGGGGUACAGUGAGGCCAUUUUUGAAUUGAAGAGAUGCCUGCUGGAGAACAUCAGGAAUGGCCUGUCCAACCAGAACAAAAGCAUUCAGCAGCUCAUUGAGCUGGUGAGGCGGCUGUGAGCAGCUGGAGGAGAGAAAAGUUCUGCUGACAGAGGCCUGCUGUGGGCGGCCUGUUCUGACGAGGUGUCCAUGUGGGGCUGUGCCUGGCGCCUGAGAGGGACUGGUGCCUGAUCCAUGUGAGGAGGAGGCAAUGCAAAAGAUGGGUAUCUGGAGUUUCCUAAAAAGUGUUAAGAAAGGAAGUGACAGCUUAGAGAUGCUCUUGGGAAUAGAGCAGUAAAGUAGCGGUGGAGACACAAGCAGGAAUUUGUUCUCAGUCCCUGAGCUCCUGUGGUGUUUGGUACAGCUGCUCUCUAUCACUUGCCACUAGAGUGGAGAGUAGUUCCCCAUCACUGCAGAGCUGGGUACCCAGGAUGGGUGGGAAGUUGCCCUGAGGACACAGAGCAGGCCUUCCUCCAGCAGCCUCAGCAUCAGUGACUCUCUUCUGCCUGCUCAGCGUGCCGCAGUGUGACCAGCUGCCACGGCCCUCUGCUGACUGGCCCAAUACCGCAGGAGCCUCUGCUCGCUCGGUCUGCCCCCUGGUCCUUUGUUUACACCUCAGCCAUAGCACUCCGUAUGGUGCAUCUUGGCUCCCCUGCUCCUGUGUCUGCCCCUCCCCUGGACCAUGAGCUCCUGGAGGGCAGGGGCUGUACCUUACCCAACUUUGUACCCCCAGGGCCUGGCACACUGUAGGCGCUUAAUAAAUGUUUAUUGGGUGAAUGAAAUGAAUGGGUGCACACAUGAUAGGAAUGGGCAGGUUCCUCUCUGUACCUUGUUUCCCAUUGCGUCAAAGAGGAUCACAGUCUAAGGAGGAGUGCAUAGUAGAAAGUCUGAGAUGGUGGAUGCCUGGGUGUCUUAAAAUAAUGACAUGCUGUUCCUCUCUCUUUAAGCAGAGAUCUGUUCUUUAGGUUGCUCCUGGGAAACUGAACUAAAUGUGUUUGCAGUGUUAUCCCAUUUUACAGAUGAGGAAAGGAGGCCUAGGGCAGGUCAGCAUCUCAUCCCAGCUCACACACCUGCAUCAGCAGAGAGGCACUGAUGAGUAAGCCAGUACCCUCCACCUCCUGACUGCUCACCUUCCUCAAACCCGCACCUCAGUGUCAGCUCUUGGUCUUGCUUCCAUGCUCUGGGGCCCACUUCCUUCCAGACAUCAUCUGUGGCUCACCUGCUCCCAGAACUGGGGUCUCAUCCACUGUUGAUUCUCCAGUUGGUACCCUUGCCUGUAAUCGUCCUUAUCAGAUGCCAGGGUCACCUUGCUGAUCCCCAGAAACCAACCCCAGCUGUGUCGCUGGUUCUGGAGAUCUGCUGCUUAGCUCUUGGGGUCUUUUUUCCCUUUCUAUUUUGUGGCUUCAGGAAAACUAAGCCCUCAGGUACUGACCAGGAGCUCCUGUGUUACACGUACUCCUUGGGCAGAAUCAGCAAGGGAGCAUUCUGGAUGGCUGGCUCUGCAGCCCCUUUUCAUGCCACUACCUCGAUGUGCCUUCUGGGAACCUGGCUGUGGACAUGGUAAACAGGAACUCUGGAAACCUGAUCUUUUGCCAAUAAUUUAGGAAAAUCUUUUCCCUUCUGAAACUCAAAAAGAAUCUCUGAUCCUUAGGCACUAGAAACUUCUCUUUUCCUGAAUCAUUAAAUAACAUGAAUUUUAAGAUGUUGGUCCACUUAGAAAUUUAAAGCCUUCCCUUAACUUUUUUUCCUUCAGAGGCAUGGAAGCUACCCCGGUGCUUCUCCAGCCUGUUGGGAUUUCACACAGCCCAUGUAGAAUAAACAUGGGUCUUAAGUUCAAGCUCUGGGAAUGUCUUUUUGAAUUGUUGAAUAUCAACCAGUUCCCUUAAAAUUUGACUCAAGCUAUUCCUGAAAUCUGAAACAGAGAAGCCAGUCCUAGCUCCUACUAAUCAAGGAGGCUUUUUCACCUUCGGUCUAUCCAUUGUCCAAAGUAAGUUUCAAGCCUUGAAUUCCUGAAAAUUAACUGCAUGCUUUUUUCUGGGCAGAGAGUUCAUAGGUUUCAACAGUUUCAAAAGGAUGCAGGAUCUAAACUAGGUUAAUAACUGCUUAGUAAUCAGGAAAUUUAUAACCACCAUCCCUGGGGGACCUAAGAGAAUGUAUAGUUACAUCAAACAUUUACCCAAAGUACUUCAACUUUUGGAAGCAGAUCAGUGUAAAGACAGGGCACGACGACCUUGGGUCAAGAGGUCGCCAGGGCCAGACUCGCAGUCGCGCGGCUCAGGAACGCCGGCCGUGCAGGGACCGGCCGGGCGGAGCGGGAGAGGCUGCCGGAGCCGAGGGCCUUCCCAGUAAGUUACGGCGCCCCCCUCGCUCCGUCUCAACUCCAUGGCCUGCCGAGGCCGUUUGCUUUCAGACCCUAGAGUCAGUGCCGCCCCGUGACUGCAGCUCUCCGGGAUACCUGCCCGCGCGUCCUGCGGCCGCGGAGCCCCCCCAGCCAGGGGGCAGCCCACAAGAGCCGGGUAGGCCUCGGAGCUCGCCGGCCGGGGGGUCGGGGCCCUCGGAGCAGACGGCCGAGCACCGUGACCCCCUGGGGCCCUGGCCUGGCUUCCUAAGGAUGGCGCCCUGGAGCAAACUCAAAAUUCCGUCUUCCCCAAGGGCGGACACGAGGGUGUGAUCAUUUGUGAAACCCGAUGGGAGUCGUGCGAAGAACUGGGUCAGGUUUUAACCAAAACACAUUUGUUUUUCUUUACGAAUUAAAAGCCAGGUUUUCUCUC